AUGUCUGUGCUCACCGAAAUAAGUGAAGGGGAAAGGACCGGUAAAGGAAGUCAUUCCGGAAGUAAUCUCAGCAUUGCAAGUAAUCUUGACUCAGAAGUAGCUAAAGCCUCUACUGUAACGGACAAUGGAGAGGUGCACUAUGGUGAUCGUCUUCUAGAUGAUCUCAUGAACACAUUCUGCGAUCGUCUCCAGGCUGCAUGUCCCCGAAAAAUCGACGGAUGUCUUGCUAUACAAUUUGUGAUGGUAACUGCA